AUAGCAAAAAAACACUACUAACAGAAGCACAAUAUACGCGCAAAAUGCAGAUUUACAAGGUUUUACGGACAGGCGUAAGUAACAUUAACGUUGUGGAGCUUUCCACUUAGCUUGUUCAUAGUUUAAUGACAGUAACUUUGCUUUAUUUUGAAAUAGCUAUGGAAAUGAAAGGAAAUGUGUAUUUUUGUGCUCGUCACUAGCUUUGUAGUUUCUUCCACAACAAAGUUACGAGAUAUGUGGCUUAGAGGUGUAUCUUUUCAAAGGUGAACAUUUUAAUUUAUUUACAAUAAAAAGACGUAUCGAAAUGAUAGAAGACUUUACUAUGUGGUGUCAUUCAAGCUGAAUUGUUGUGGACAUGUUUUACUGAUUAAGACAGACGACGCGGAUGGAAAUGAUCAUUCAUACUGGCAUUAUCAUUGGUAACACCUAAAUGUGUGGAGGCCAGCAUGCCAACUCAAACCAUCACCACUCUACCGGGGAGUGUGGCUCUGCUGGCCGCCUUGUUGGUCAUUUUGGGUCGGUGUCUGGGUGGAUCUGCGUGGCCAGGCUGCGACAAUGGAAAAGUUUUACUGGAUACUGACCUCCCCAAAGACGCAUCGCACUGGGAUUGCCCUACUCCUCUAUGGCCACAAUCUCAGAGACUUAACGGUGUGGACACAGUGUAUGAUCCAGAGCCUGCCAAAUUGACAUGCAUGGAUCAGCGGAUUAGCUACAAUCUCAUCAUCCCAAACAGUGGCACAUUCAGACCAGUGAGUGCAGAGAGUGGGGAGUAUCUCUACUGCCCUCCACAGAGAUGGCUCAACAAUUUGCAUCAUGGAGCUACAGUGUUGCUUUACCAUCCCUGCUCUCCUCUCCACGAGCGCCUGCUUCUGUCUGCUCUGGCUCAGUCCUGUAUCAGCGAAUACAUCCUUACACCACACAAGAACCUGGACAAAAAAAGGCCCUUUGCUUUUGUGUCCUGGGGUCGGACUUUGGAGGUCUCCACUGUGGCGUCUUCAGAAAUAUGUGACUGGCUCAAUCAGACAAGCUUCACAAAACCUAAGGCUACAGAACAGAGGCAUAAAAACCACUACAGCCAUUUGUUGACCCGAUCUGUGGACCAGAACAGGCACCAAGAAAACAAGGAAAGUCCCACUGAGAUACAGAGAUCCCUUUUUGGCCAAGAGGGAUCUCUGAAGCAAUGCUGUGAGCAGACCAUCUCAUCCCUGCUGGAAAAAAUGAAGACACAAGUGCAUUCAAACUUCAAAACUGGAAUUACUGAGCUGAAAAAGGAGAGAGUAAAAAGGGCAGCUGUGAAGUCAACUACGGAUUUUCCAAAAGUUACAAGCAACCAGACCAGUAGCAUUAUCCACCGGCUUCAAAGCAAUGCAAUACCAAAAACGAUUUCUUCUCAACAUGGGGAUCAAAGCCAUACAAAGGAUGCCCUCUCCCAGUCCACGAGCUUGAAAGAAAAUCUUCUCCACAAAAAGUUUAUGCCAAAUACAUCAAGGACCGCAACCAAUAAUGUUUCUUUGAUACACCCACAAGGACAAUUACACACUGUGGAUUCAAAUGACAACAAUAUUGAAAAAGUGCAAAGUAAAAGUAACACUACAGCACGAAUGGAUAUUAGUAAGCAAAAGGCUAAAGGUGUGACUAAAGUUGUUGCUAACCCAAAAGUGAAUGAAGUAAUAGAUUUGGAAGAAAGAGAAAUUGAUAAAAUGAACAAUGUAAAAUCUCAUCAAAGUGGAUCAAAUGCUGUGGAUUCUGCCUCCAAAUCCCAGGCAGUUGGUUACUUGCCCAAUAGUGGUGACUGUCAAUGCAAACCAAACCAAGUGUGUGAGUGUGAUACAGGAGCAGGAGACAGGAGCCAGAGUGCAGGGGGGAGCUUCCAGAGGACCCCUCGCACAGAUGAGGCGGUAUGGGCUGCGGGGGCUCUGGGUUUCCUCCUGGUUCUCCUGACCUUGUCCAUUCUCCACACUCGCCUUUACAAACACUGGAGGAGAGGGACCAGUCUGUACUGGCACGAUCCUCAACAGGACUACGACAGUGUGGCAGAUGUGAUCCGCCGCAGGCUGCGAAUUUCCAAAAGGAGGCGCAAAAGAGGCAGAAAGAAGGAAUGUGUUUUACUGCCCAGCUCCUCCAGUUCAGAGGAAUAUCCAUAGGAUGGCAGUUUGGAACAACAGGGCAUUUUAUAUGGGCUUUCCAUAAUCGCACUCCUCAUUGGAUUUUACACAUUUUACAUCUCACAGCUGGGCUCUUAGACUUAAUAUUACAGCUUUCUGCAUUGGUACGUUUUUUAGUCGGGAACAGUUUU